GUGUGUGUGUGUGUGUGUGUGUGUGUCCUGCGGGGAGACGUGCUCGUAGUCACAGGGUUUAUUUAACACGUAGUCAAAAACCCACCCAGCUCUCACACUCUGUGCCAAGCGCGGAGCCUCGACAGAGACAGACAGACGAGCGCACUCACACCUAACACACACACACACACACACACACACACACACCGCCGAGUCCGGACCUUCGGGGUGACAACAACUCCCAGCUCUCAGCGGGAACACACGCACAAACCCUCUCUCUCUCACCCACAACACGCUGGAUACCAGGAGACACUUUGGGAUUUGCGCGUGCGAUCGUCUUUUCCCCCCGACUGCGCUCCGCAACCUUUUCCAGGCUCUCUGAAGUCCUUUAUUCGACUGUUGCCGUCCCGACGACAUGGAGAGGAUUACCAGUGCGCAACCGCCUCCCUGUGCGCCCAAACACCCAUCUCUGGAUAUAGCUGACAUGUCCGGAAUGGAUUUCCCCAUUUACGUGUACAAACCCCGGCGGGGCGUGAAGCGCGGGGACGAGAGCAAGGAGACGUACAAGCUGCCGCACCGACUGAUCGAGAAGAAGCGACGCGACAGAAUCAACGAGUGCAUCGCCCAGCUGAAGGAUUUGUUGCCAGAACAUCUCAAGCUCACAACGCUGGGUCAUUUGGAGAAAGCCGUGGUGCUGGAGCUCACCCUCAAGCACGUGAAGGCCCUGAGUUCUGUCCUCGAGCAGCAGCAGCAGAAAAUCCUGGCGCUACAGAAGGACCUGCAGAUUGGUGAUCAUGGAGGUGACUGUGCGGAGAGCAGCGAGGACAUAUUCCGCUCUGGCUUUCACUUGUGCGCAAAGGAGGUCCUCCACUACCUGGCCAACCAAGAGAGCAGCAGAGACCUGACGCCGUCCCACGUCAUCGGCCACAUCCAGAAGAUAGCGGCCGACGUCCUGGAGCAUCAGAGCGGCGCGCACCCGGGCGAGUUCGUCCCCCGGGCUUCGGAGAAAGCGAAGACGCCCGCCGGGCAGCCGCCGCUGGCCUCCGAGGGCACCGCCAAGAACUGUGUGCCCGUUAUUCAGAGGACUUACCCCCACGGGACGGGGGAGCAGAGCGGCAGCGACACAGACACUGACAGCGGGUACGGCGGCGAGCACCCCAAGGCCCAGUGGCUCGAAAGCCACGCGAGGGAGGGGCAGCUCAAGCGCGCCGCGUCCGAGCGGACGGUCGGUGCCAUCAAGCAGGAGGGCGACGGGCCUCAGGCCAAAAAGUUAAGGUCUGACUCGACAGAGGACGAGAUUGUCCCCGGUCACGCGGCGGGAAGCCCCGGCGGCUACAUGGGCUUCUCGCACAGCCAGCCCCCCUUUUGCCUCCCCUUCUACCUCAUACCCCCGGCAGCUGCCGCCGCCGCAGCGUAUAUGCCCAUGCUGGAGAAAUGCUGGUACCCGGGCGGCAUGCCCAUUAUGUACCCGGGCAUGGGCGGCUCGACGCUGAGCUUGUCCCCGGAGACGCAUCCCUCGUCCCUGGUGAUGUCCCCCAGGGCGGGGUCUCCGGUCCCGCACCACGCCGCCAUGGACUCCCCUGCUCUCCACAAGGCGUUGAAGCAGGUCUCUCCAUUGAACUUGGAAACCAAAGACUGAGCAGAUGUGCCGCUGUCGGGAAAAACCUUGCCCCUCUGAAUGUCGAACGGGGUUAAACAGACGUAUAUCCCGCCGUCGUUUGGCCCAUCAGAACACUGACCCCCAGCAAUGAACUCCACCAUAUGUCAUCAGCUCCACGCUCGUUCAAAGGGGAUUUUUUUUUUUUGGAGGGGGGGUGGGGGUGGGCAGCCGGCAGUGCCCAUGCAGAGGCUCAUAUAUUGCCUGUUGCGUGGCUCUGAAACACUGUGAAGAUGAUCCGUUUAAAGAUCGCCAGAGCGUCCCACCCCCCUUUUUUUAUAGCGAGGGUCGCCUUCUCCGCGCUCUUUGUUGAAUGUCAAAGGUAAACCCAGAAUGUAGGACGCAAAUACACCCCAUCUAAAAAAAAAAAAAAAAAGGAUAUUAUUUGGACGUACUUUUUGCACACACACCAAUCUGUAAUGAAUGUAAAGAUUGAACAAAAGCCCCUCGGUGUAGAUGCUGCUUGAAUUGUCACUUAAGAUCUGUGUAGAUCUGUGAAUCCAAGAUCUACCGUCAGUGUUUUUCACUGCCGAAAGCGCGACAAAACAUUGUUUAGACUAGAAUGUUACCCCCCCCCCAAAGAAAACAAACAAACAAACAAACAAACAAAAAAACAAAAUACAAAAACAAAAACAUGUUGACCGGACACGUCACAUUGCUCCUCUCAACCUUAAGUUACCUUGGAGCUAAAUGUGUUCACGAUGUUCGGAGAAUGUUCAGGGCGUUGUCGGCGUGCGGGGCGUGUCACUCUCGCCCGCUGAGAAGAGUGAUGUGGCCACUCGUGCUCCUACGAUUUUUUAAUCUGUGCGUCACGACUGUUGUCGUGCAUCUAGAAUGGACGUCCUGUGAAGUAAUGUCUUUUAAUAACUUUUUUUUGUUUAUACUACUCAUACAUCUCUAUUUUUGAUACGUGAGCCGCUGAGUGUAUCCGCAUCGCGGCCGGGGGGGGGGGAGGGGGGGGGGGGGAGCCCGAGGUAGUCUUUUUGCUGUACGCAAACAGAGCAUGUACAGUGUACAGCAUAUUUGCGUCAAGUCCAUAAAUUCCCCCGGCCAAAGUUGAGGCCCGGCCUCGGCUGACGCUGUUGCCUUUCCCCCGUUUCACGCGGACACAACGACGGCAGGUGUUUUGAGGAAAACCCCCCAAAAAUGUAUUUGCUUUAAAUGUCGUGUCCGUGGCAAAGAGAGUGAAUGUAAAGUUCAGACAUAAAUAAUAGUUUUGUAUGGAAAGAGGUACUUGGGAUUUUUAUUUUGAACUGUAACACAAAGGUUGCUUGUUGUACAUAUUUUGUAUAUAAAGUAUUAUUGAUAUAUAUUAAAAUAUUAUUAAAGCCAUUUUUUCCCCCUC